AUGACCAUUUUCUCAGUUCAGUCCACUAUCUUCAGCCGAGCUUCCGUAGCUCUUCUCUCUAGCAAUGGAUUCAAACGGUUUUCAUUCGCUUCCUCGUUUUCCUCGGCCGCAGUUUAUUCUCCACCUCUCCCCAAAAUGAAGAAGCGCCGAUAUCCCAUCGUCUCUGCUGUUGAUAUUGGCGGCGUCACUAUCGCUAGAAAUGAUGUGGUGAGAGAGGAUGAUCCUACGAACAAUGUACCAGACUCGAUUUUCUCAAAACUAGGAGUGCAGCUACACAGGAGGGAUAAGCAUCCUAUUGGGAUCAUUAAAAAUGCUAUCUACGACUACUUUGAUAACAAUUACUCGAAAAUGUUUGACAAGAUCGAAGACCUUUCCCCAAUUGUUACAACAAAGCAAAACUUUGAUGAUGUGCUAGUCCCUGCUGAUCAUGUAAGCAGAAGCCUCAAUGACACGUACUAUGUAGACUCGCAAACUGUUUUGCGAUGCCACACAAGUGCUCACCAAGCUGAGCUGUUGAGGAAAGGUCACAGACGUUUCCUUGUAACCGGGGAUGUUUACCGUAGAGAUUCUAUCGAUUCUACUCAUUAUCCGGUUUUCCAUCAGAUGGAAGGCUUUUGUGUGUUUUCUCCUGAGGACUGGAAAGAGUCUGGCAUGGAUUCCACAUUAUAUGCUGCUGAGGAUUUAAAGAAAUGCCUCGAGGGGUUGGCAAGUCACUUGUUUGGAGCUGUGGAGAUGAGAUGGGUUGAUACAUAUUUCCCAUUUACCAAUCCAUCUUUCGAGCUUGAGAUAUACUUCAAGGAUGACUGGCUGGAGGUUUUGGGCUGUGGGGUGACUGAGCAAGGAAUAUUGAAGCAGAGUGGAUUAGAGAAUAAUGUUGCUUGGGCCUUUGGACUUGGAUUGGAGCGUCUUGCUAUGGUUUUGUUUGACAUCCCUGAUAUCAGACUUUUCUGGUCUGACGAUGAACGGUUUACGUCCCAGUUUGCAGAAGGAGAUUUUGGAGUCAAGUUCAAGCCAUUUUCAAAGUAUCCUCCUUGUUACAAGGACAUCAGUUUCUGGAUCAGUGAAUCAUUCACAGAGAAUAACUUUUGUGAAGUUGUUAGAGGAAUCGCUGGGGAUCUUGUUGAAGAGAGUAAGGUGCGUGAUGAGGUGGAGAGCAAGCUAAAUGUUGAAUUAAGGUGA